AUGACCACUAUUGCAAGUACUUGUAUUUUGAUAUUUCUUUAUCUAUUCACUAUUGCCUUUGCAACUGGAGACCGUUAUCAACGGUUCCCAUCGUUAAAGGCGAUCAAACCAUCCACAGAUGAAAUUACUCAGCGAAAUGCUGUGAAAGACUUAAUUGCAACAUUACUCCAUGAAAGAGCUCAAGAAUUAGAUAUUAAGAUUAAUAAUAGUAUUCCAAAGUUAAGUCCUGACGCUUUCGAGCUCGAUUCAGAUGAUAAACAAAUCUUGAUUACUGGCAGUAGCGGAGUUGCUGCUGCUUUUGGUGUUCAUCAUUAUCUUAAAUAUUAUUGUAAAGUUCAUUUAUCUUGGACUGGUGAUCGAUUGAAAUUGCCUCAAACUCUACCAAAAUUGAGUCAAAAAAUUCAUGUGGAGAUUAAUCAAAAAUUUCGAUAUUAUUUUAAUGCUUGUACUUUUAGCUAUUCUAUGGUAUGGUGGGAUUGGCAACGAUGGAAAAAAGAAAUUGAUUGGAUGGCAUUAAAUGGUAUUAAUAUGCCCUUAGCAUUAACUGGUCAAGAAGGUAUCUGGACCAAAGUAUACAAAAAGCUGGGCUUAACGUUCGCUGAUUUGGAUAAUUUUUUUACCGGCCCAGCAUUCUUAGCUUGGAAUCGAAUGGGUAAUAUACAACGAUGGGCUGGUCCACUACCUCAUGAUUGGAUUAAUAAACAAAUAACGUUGCAAGUCAAAAUCUUAGAUCGUAUGAGGAAAUAUGGCAUGUUACCGAUCUUACCAGCUUUCAAUGGUAAUAUUCCAAAUGCUUUAACUAAAAUCUAUCCCAAAGCUAAAAUUGUCAAAAGUUCCCCUUGGUUCGGUUUUAGUAAGCGCUACGGCGAGACUGCUUUAUUAGACCCUAGAGAUAAGCUGUUUAUAGUUAUUUCAAAGUUAUUUAUUGAAGAAGAAAUUAAAGCCUAUGGUACUGAUCAUUUAUAUAGCCUUGACCUAUUUAAUGAAAUUGAUCCGCAAUCCAAGGAAUUAGAAUAUCUAACUGCUGUUAGUAAAUCAGCAUAUUUAGCUUUAAAUUCUGCCGAUACUAAAGCUGUCUGGAUUAUGCAAGGAUGGAUGUUUUAUAACGAUAAUUACUACUGGGAAAAUAAACGAAUACAAGCAUUUCUAUCGCCAAUACCAAAAGGACGAAUCGUUAUAUUAGAUUUAUUUGCGGAAGUUGAACCUCAAUAUCAUCGUAGCAACUCAUUUUUUGGUCACCCAUUUAUUUGGUGUAUGCUUAAUAAUUUUGGUGGAAAUGCAGGGAUGUACGGUACGUUUGAAACCAUAACAGAAGGUGCAAUUUCGGCCUACGAUAUGAAAAAUUCAACCAUGAUUGGUACUGGUAUGGCACCAGAAGGUAUCGGAAAUAAUUAUAUUAUGUAUGAUCUAAUGGCUGAAAUGGGAUGGAGGAAGAUUGCGGUUGAUGUUCGCGAUUGGGUUGUUGUCUAUACGGAACGUCGCUAUGGUGGACUAGACGAGAAUAUUAUUAAAGCAUGGCUUCGAUUAAGUGAAACGGUCUACAACUGUAAUGAUAUGAGACAAUACCAUUGUCGAGCACUACCAGCUGUUAGACCGUCGUUAAAAAUCGCCAACGAUGUUUGGUACAGUGCUGAUGAUAUUUUUUUUGCUUGGGAACAUAUGUUAAGAGCGAAUAACGAAUUCAUCUCCGAAGAAACAUUUCAGUAUGACAUCGUGGAUGUGACACGUCAGGCUUUACAAGAAUUAGCAUUUAUAAUGUAUAAGAAGGUAACCCAAUGUUACCAUGAUAAUAAUCAGGAAACGUUGAAAACAGCUGGAGGUGAAUUGAUUGAAUUAUUCACUGAUAUGGAUACACUAUUAGGAACGAAUUCACAUUUCCUAUUAGGGCGCUGGGUAGCAGAUGCAUUACAGCAUAGUAAUAAUAUAUCAAUUAAACAACAACUGCGAUUUAAUGCUCUAAAUCAAAUAACACUGUGGGGUCCAUCUAAAUCAAUAUUGCAUGAUUAUGCUAACAAAAUGUGGAAUGGGCUAGUUGAUAAAUUCUAUAAAAAGCGCUGGUUAAUGUUUAUUAAAGCGCUAUCAGAUUCCAUUUCUAAUAAUAUUUUAUUUGAUCAGCAGAAAUUUAACCUCGCUGUACAGAAAUUUGAAGCGGCUUGGGCAAGUGAAAACAAUACAUAUGCUACCACUAGUAGCGGUAGUAGCGUAACUGUAUCGAAGCAAUUAUUCUCAAAAUAUAAAAAAAACAUCGAAAAAUAUCGACAAUUGCAAACUUGA